AUGCAUCUAGAGAAGUGGCUUUGUCAACUGAAGGGAUUUGCUUCAGAUACGUAUGUGCGGUGGGGAAUGACAUCCUGCCCUUCAGACAACGAGCUCAUCUACAAAGGCAUUGCAGGAGGCUCAUUUUGGGCGCAUACUGGAAGCGCAGCGAACUGGAUCUGUUUGACCGAUUCCCCGGAGUGGGGCUACUAUGAAGAAAAUGUGGCCUCAUACAAUUCUAACCUAAGUAGCUCAUCGAACUGGAUCUGUUUGAAUGAUUCCCCGCAGUGGAACUACUAUGAAGAAAUGUGGCCUCAGGAGCAAAGGUGUAUGGCGGGGAAUACGAGUUUGGCGACUACCACGCUGACGGAGGGAAAAAACUAUUUCGGAAGCAAUUUGAACGACGGGGAUGCUCCUUGUGCCGUGUGCAAAUCGCCGCGCUCAUCAACGGUAAUGAUCCCGGGCAGGAAGAACUGCUUUCCUGGAUGGACGAAGGAAUACAACGGGUACUUAGUAGCAGGAGAAUAUCAACACGCAUCUGCCUCCGAGUUCAUCUGCUUAGACAAGCGCCCAAAAUUGCGUGAAGGGGGCUCUCUGAACCACGAUGGUAAAACCUUCUACCUUGCGGAGGCGGUCUGCGGUUCCCUCCCUUGUCCCCCAUACGUUGAGGGGCGGGAACUCACGUGUGUGGUCUGCAGCAAGUAA